AUGGAAUAUUGUGAAGAAUUUCUUGAGCGGUGCCGGUACUUGGGCUAUAAUCCCAAAAAGUUCAGCUCACCAAUGCCAUGGAUUGGCAUCUAUGUUGCAUUCGCAUCUGCAAUCUGCUCCCUUGCAAUGGCUCUUGAUGCAAUCAAUGGUUUCUUUAAAAAGAAAUUUUGGUUUCCAUGCAGAGUUUUUACUCUUAAUGCUGCUUCAUUGACAUUAUUAGCUAUUGCAGUGAAGUUGCCAAUGGAUUUGAACAAUCCAAUGCCACGAUACCCUGAUCAGCUUGCAAAAUUCAGCAGCACUGUUCUGAUGUCAACAGCGAUGGCUAAUUUUAUGCCAUCUCUAGGAUCCAUGGAUGACAAGGAAAUCUUUAUGAACAUGAUAGCCUUGGGAAUAUUUGUCAUCACCCUACUUGUGAAUGUAUGCAUCCAGAUAUACACUGGUGUAAUCUACGCCGACUGGUUCCUGCAAGCUCUGGUCAUGUUUUUCAUAAUUGUCAUGUUUGUGAUUAUGAGUUUCCCGUCCUUGGUGGUUCCAACCACCAAAAAAUACUUGGAAUUUGAGUUUCGGAAAAUAGAUAGCAUGAUAGCCAGUGAAGAUCCGCGAGAAAAUGGAAUGACUGCAAUUGAGAAACUCAAGGAAGACUUAAAGAAGUAUUGGAUAAUGGCAGAAACCGGUAACCCCCAAUUUGUGAUGGCACGAUCUGUUACUUGCACGGCAUGUUGUGCUAUCUGCAUUCUUAAUGUUCUAAUGCUAUCACUAGUAUGGAUUCAGAAUAUUAUCAUUUACUUUUACAUUGGCCACCAUCGCUAUUUUCAUCCCGCAUCGGACUAUGGGAAAUCUACGUAUGUCAUUGCGUGGAUUCAGUCCAUAGGCGUGAUAAUAGGCACAAUUGGCCCUUUAUUUCGAUUGGUACGUGCCGUGAAAUUUAAGCGCUCUAUACUAAAAAUUGAUAACAUUGGGUUCAAAUUGGAGAAGUAUUGGAUUGAACGGCUGUUGGACUGGAAAGAGAGACCUUUGGCAUUGCGAAUACGAAAUAGGAGAUGCCAAAAAGUAGUCCACAAAACAAAAGAUCUGAUGCUGUCCUUCUGUAUAAAGAUUAAAAUUGCAGUGGUGGCAGUAAGCAAAUCUUUGUUGCUCAUGUCGACUUUUUUGAGUUGGCCGUUCUUCUCGUGCUAUUUCUGUUUCUUGAGGUGUAGAGAUUAUCUAAAAUCCAAUGGGUCAAAAAAUAAGCAAGGAUCAGGACUGGAAUCAAAAGAUCCAGAUAUAAGUCAUUAUGUUUUACAUCUUGAAGGUGAGGAGCAACUUCCUAGAGCCAUGGGAGACUACUUAUCAGUUGUUUCUAAAGGUCGAAGGCAGCCAUCACAACAACUACGAGAUCUUCUUCAUGAACUGACUAAUUUCAACAGCUUGGCAGAAUUUGAUAGCAGUCAAAUUCCAUCUGUGCUUUCUUUAGAGCCACCUAAUUGUUGGAAAUUGCCUGUUGUGACAUUAUCAAGCAUUCUCAUAGCGAUUCCUAACAUUGAUGAUGACAAGGUGGAGUCUGUGCUGAACUGUGUGCGUAAAGGAAUGGCAUACGUCAGCCUCGUAGAUAAAGUUCUUGCCAAAAAAUUGGAUUUGAAGAAGGUUAGAGAAGCAGCAGAUGCUACAUGGUUAGACGUGGAUCUCCUCUGUAGGUGGCAAGGUGAAGACCUUCGGAACAUGGCUACUGAAGGAAAAACAUCCAAGGAGAUUCUUGAAAAGCUUUGUGUCAUUGCUAAUAAAUAUGUCAUCGAAUUCAAGAUGAAAGGAAAUAUAGUUCCUGAAAAUCUCGAGUUGUCCAUUAAGGUAAUUGCUGCAAACUCAAUGUAUAGAAUCAGCCGAACUCUUCUGCUGCUGUACAAUGGUAUCAGUGAACCCAGUGAAGAGGAAAUCUUCAAGCACAUAUCCAUUCUCAUUGCAAAUAUAUUAGGUGCUUGCCUUACCAAUAUACCUCAGGUUAUAACUAUGAAUUUUCGGUCCAUUGCCCCCGAGAAAAGGGAGAAGAGCGUCUGCCAUGCUGCUCGAAUUCUUGGUGAAACAGAAGAAAUUUUAGAAGCCCUCCAAAAACAUGACCUUCCUGUCCUGACACCAGAGCAGCUGCUCAAUAUUGAUGAAUGGCGCGUUUCAAUGGAGGAGAAAAUUCUUUCAUCUCCUAUUACUGCAUCCAGUGGCACUAGGCCUUCUAGUUUUAAUGAACUGCAGACAGUUGUUGAUCAGUAG